AUGGGGCAGUUGGAGGCGGCUCUGCAGAGGUGCUCGUCCUUCUCCCACAUCCGGCAGCUCCACGGCCACCUCAUCGCUGCCGGACUCUUCCAGACGCUCCCUUCCGCCCGCUGCAAGCUCGUGGAGCUCUGCGCCGUCUCCCCGUUCGGGGAGCUAGCCCACGCCCUCGCGACCUUCCGCCAGAUCAGCCGCCCCGCCACCAACGACUGGAACGCCGUCCUCCGCGGCCUCGCCCGGGGAACCGAUCCGCUCGCCGCCGUCUCUCUCUUCGCCGCCAUGGCGCGCCUCGUCGGCGCAGCCCGCGACGACGCCCUAACCUGCUCCUUCGUACUCCAGGCCUGCGGCCGCGCCAACGCCCUGCGAGAGUCCGCGCAGCUCCACGGCCGCGUCCUCCGCCGCGGGUUCGCCGCCGACUUCCGCCUUCAAACGACGCUCGUGGACGCCUACGCCAAGGGCGCGGACGUCUCCGCCGCCGCGAAGGUGUUCGAUGAAAUGCCCCACCGGGAUGUGCCCACCUGGAACGCCCUCAUCAACGGAUUCGCCGCCGGGAGCCGCCCCCACGACGCGGUGGCGCUGUUCCGCCGGAUGGCGGCCUCCCCCGCGUGCCCACCCGACGUCGUCACUAUCCUCGGCGCUCUCUCUGCUUGCGCCCAGCUCGGGGACCUCGUGGAGGGUGAGUCCGUGCGCGCGUACGCACGGGAGGCGGGCCUGGAAGGCAACGUGCGAGUGCGUAACGCUCUCAUGGACAUGUACGCCAAGUGCGGCUCCGUCGGCGGCGCCGUCGAGGUCUUCCGGGGAACCGCCGCCGGGGACCGGUCGCUGGUCUCCUGGAACACCGUUACCAUGGCACUGGCUCUCCACGGGCACGGCGCUCGUGCCCUGAAGCUGUUCGAGGAGAUGUCUGCAGUGGCGGGGGUCCGGCCAGACGCUGUCACCUACCUCGCCGUUCUCUCCGGCUGCAACCACGCGGGGCUGGUGGAGGAGGGCCUCCGCAUCUUCCGGAUCAUGGCGGAGGAGGAGCCGAUGCAGCUGAACGUGAAGCACUACGGCUGCGUGGUGGACAUGCUGGGGAGGAAAGGGAGGUUGCAAGAGGCCUACGAGGUCGUCGCCACCAUGCCGAUCCCCCCGGACGUUAUUCUCUGGCAGACGCUGCUGGGAGCCUGCAAAACCUACGGCGACGUCCCCCUGGCGGAGCGCGUCUCCGGCGAGCUCCUUGCGAUGGGGUCCCGCGGGGACGGCGACUACGUGCUCCUCUCGAACGUGUACGCGGCGGCGGAGCGGUGGGGCGACGUUGGCCGCGUGCGGGCGGCCAUGGCGGAGCAGGACGUGCGGAAGGUGCCCGGUUUCAGCUUCAUCCAGGUGGGUGGGGCGGCGCACCGGUUCCUCAACGGGGGACUGGGGGAGCACCCGCGGUGGAGGGAGAUCCAGCGGACGCUGGAGGAGGUGCGGGGCAAGGUGCGGACGCUGGGGUACGCGCCGGAGACGGCCGGGAACGUGCUGCACGACGUGCUGGAGGAGGACAAGGAGGAGGCGCUGUGGCAGCACAGCGAGAGGCUGGCGCUGGCGCUGGGGCUGGCGGUGGCGGCAGGCCGAGCGGAGGAGAUACGGGUGGUGAAGAACCUGCGGAUCUGCGGGGACUGCCACGCGGUGGCGAAGCUGGUGUCGCGGGCGUACGGGUGCGUGGUGGUGGUGCGCGACCGCGCCCGCUUCCACCGCUUCGAACACGGGAGCUGCUCCUGCGGCGACUAUUGGUGA